CUGGCGCGGAAGAAUCUUGGAACAGUCGGUCUUGCUGGACAUGCACAUACGGUGAAAAUCAAGGAUCUUUCCGGUGGACAGAAGUCUCGCGUUGCACUUGCCGAAUUAGCUUUGGGGGAACCAGAUAUGUUGAUACUUUAUCUGCUUAGCUAUGAAGAGCCAAUUUGUUUGCAGGACGAGCCCACCAACAAUCUGGACAUCGAAUCUAUAGACGCACUUGCCACAGCCAUUGAAAAUUUCGGUGGAGGCGUAGUAAUGGUUACCCACGAUGAGCGCUUAGUGCGGGCAACCGAGUGCACCUUGUGGAUAGUUGAGGAUCAGAAUAUUUCGGAGAUAGAUGGCGAUUUUGAUACAUACAAGAAAGAAGUCUUGGAUGCUCUUGGUGAAACUCUUAGUCAUUAG